GCGAGAGUUGUUUCCGCAAAAAACGCGCUGAAAUUCGCGAUCCUUCGAAUUUUGUAAAAACCCAAACAACGAAAACCACUGUUUACAGUGUUAUGGAAACGUUUCUUAUUAUAGGAAUGUGUGUUGUAUGUUACGAGCUUUGUGUGUUACUUAAUCAGUGUUAUCCUAAUAAGGGAAAAGAGGAGAUAAGUGAUGACAAGAAACAAAAUGUGUUUACCGUUUCCAACGGUGAUGUCAUCGUUGACCAGUGAGAUUGAUCAUUUUUCAGUGGAUACCAAAGUUUUCCACAAACCGUGAGGAAAACAUGAUUAAUCCAAUUUGGUAGAUUCAACUAUUCGUUACCUAUAAGUAACUAAUUAAUUAACGCGUUAAAGAACUUAUGAAAUAACAAUAUAACAAUUCCCGAACAAUGACAAAGUGCUCGUUAGAUCGGCCGCGUUUAUAAUGUGCGACCUUUUAGCGAUAGUGUGGUAACCGGUAAUUCUGAAACUGAGUAGCGAUGGAUUCGUUGGAACGUUUGAUGAACGCCACCGCGAAACGUGGAGUUCGGUUGCAUUCCGGCGCGUUGACGCCGUCGAACGUAGGUAGUUUAGUGCAUCCGGGAACUGUCGCCAUAUCCGGCGCCGGAUCGACGUUGCCCCGAAGGGCAUUGGUGCACGCCAGUUUGGCAACAACCGCUGCCAUAAGUCGUCGAGGGCGACACCUAACUGGGACGUUCUGCCUGACGGGCGAUACCAUGGAGGGCAUCAUACAGUGUCUCGUUUUCCUUAAAGCUUUUUCGCUGGUUGGCGGCGAAUUCGAUAUGGAAUUGAAUUUUGUCAUUCAAGACGCUCAGAACAUCAGGCAUAUGCUAGAGCUGCUCGAUCAUUGCCCACCAAAUUUACAGGCUGAAAUAUGGAGUGUUUUCAUCGCCAUUUUAAGGAAAAGCGUUCGAAAUCUUCAGGCAUGCACGGACGUCGGACUUAUCGAGCAUGUACUAAAGAGACUACGAAACGCAGACAUUUUAGUAGCAGAUUUACUGAUCGAAAUGCUAGGCGUCUUGGCGAGCUACAGCAUUACUGUGAAAGAGCUGAAAUUGUUAUUCGGGGCCAUGAAAGCCGUAGCAGGAAAGUGGCCUCGUCAUUCCGCAAAACUUCUAAACGUGCUACGUCAGAUGCCCCAAAGAUCAGGACCUGACGUGUUUUUCAGCUUUCCGGGCAGGAAAGGUUCGGCCAUCGUCCUUCCACCGCUAGCGAAAUGGCCGUACGAGAACGGUUUCACCUUCACUACGUGGUUUCGUCUGGAUCCGAUUAACUCCGUCAAUAUUGAAAGGGAGAAACCGUAUUUAUAUUGCUUCAAGACCAGCAAGGGAGUAGGGUACACAGCUCAUUUCGUUGGAAAUUGUUUAGUACUUACGUCGAUGAAAAUUAAGGGCAAAGGCUUCCAGCAUUGCGUGAAAUACGAAUUUCAACCCAGAAAGUGGUACAUGCUCGCCAUAGUAUACAUAUACAACAGGUGGACAAAAAGUGAAAUUAAAUGUUUGGUAAAUGGUCAAUUAGCGUCCAGCACCGAAAUGGCUUGGUUUGUUUCGACGAAUGACGUUUUCGAUAAAUGUUAUAUAGGUGCGACGCCCGAAUUGGACGAAGAGCGUGUGUUCUGCGGUCAAAUGUCGGCCAUAUAUCUCUUCAGCGAGGCCUUAACGACGCAUCAGAUAUGCGCUAUGCAUAGGUUAGGACCUGGAUAUAAAAGCCAGUUUCGUUUCGAUAACGAGUGUAACAUUAAUUUGCCUGACAAUCACAAAAGGGUGAGUGAUAAUAGUGAACAGUUACCAGCAUCUAGCAUGUCUCUGCCUUUGACUGCAACAGAUGCACGUCCCGUUUUGUAUGACGGCAAGUUGUCGAGCGCCAUUGUCUUCAUGUACAACCCCGUGGCAACAGAUACGCAGCUAUGUCUACAAUCGGCCCCGAGGGGAAAUAUAUCUUACUUCGUUCACACUCCGCACGCCCUCAUGUUACAAGACGUAAAAGCAGUGAUAACUCACUCCAUCCAUAGCACUUUAAAUUCCAUUGGAGGAAUUCAAGUCCUUUUCCCCUUAUUUUCGCAACUAGAUCUACCUUACGAGUUUAACAAUUCAUCGGAUGCUAAACGAGAUCCCACGUUGUGCGCGAAAUUGUUAGGCUUCAUUUGCGAAUUGGUGGAAACAUCGCCGACGGUUCAGCAGCACAUGAUACAGAAUCGUGGAUUCCUGGUGAUUAGUUUCAUGCUCCAGCGAUCCUCGAGAGACCACUUGACAAUAGACGUACUGGGUUCCUUUCUCAGUCUAACAAAAUAUCUCGUUACCUGUCUGAGUGCCAAUAGUGAAUUGUUGUUGAAACAGUUAUUGGAUCAUGUCCUAUUUAAUCCGGCUCUUUGGAUUUAUACGCCGGCUUCGGUGCAAACGAGGCUCUACUCCUAUUUGGCCACGGAGUUCUUGUCCGACACGCAAAUAUAUUCGAAUGUGAGAAGAGUAUCCACCGUACUGCAGACCGUUCAUACUUUGAAGUAUUAUUACUGGGUCGUUAACCCGAGAUCUAAGAGCGGGAUUUCGCCGAAGGGAUUAGACGGUCCGAGACCGGCGCAAAAGGACAUCCUGGCCAUUCGUUCCUACAUCCUCCUGUUCCUCAAGCAACUGAUCAUGGUCGGUAACGGAGUCAAAGACGACGAGCUCCAGAGCAUCCUCAACUACCUCACGACCAUCCACGAAGACGACAACCUCCACGACGUGCUGCAGAUGCUCAUCUCACUCAUGUCGGAGCACCCUUCCUCCAUGGUGCCGGCCUUCGACUCGAAAUGCGGCGUCAGGACCAUCUUCAAGCUGCUCGCCUCCGAGAGCCAGCUGAUACGUUUGCAAGCCUUGAAGUUGCUCGGCUUCUUCCUCAGCCGCAGCACCCACAAGAGGAAAUACGACGUCAUGAGCCCCUUUAAUUUGUACACGUUGUUAGCGGAAAGAUUGCUUUUGAACGAGGAUACGCUGUCUCUACCGACUUACAACGUUUUGUAUGAAAUAAUGACGGAGCACAUCAGCCAACAAAUUUUAUACACUAGACAUCCAGAACCUGAGUCUCACUUUAGAUUAGAAAAUCCAAUGAUCUUGAAAGUAGUGGCUACACUUGUACGACAAUCGAAGCAGACCGAGCAAUUGUUGGACGUGAAGAAAUUGUUUCUCUCCGACAUGACGCUGUUGUGCAACAACAACAGAGAGAACAGGAGAACCGUUUUGCAAAUGUCCGUGUGGCAGGAGUGGUUGAUAGCGAUGGCGUACAUACACCCGAAAAACGGCGAAGAACAGAAGCUGUCCGAUAUGGUGUACUCUUUGUUCAGAAUGCUCCUGCACCACGCUAUUAAAUACGAGUACGGCGGAUGGAGAGUUUGGGUCGACACAUUGGCCAUAGUACAUUCCAAGGUUUCCUACGAGGAAUUCAAGCUACAAUUCGCUCAAAUGUACGAGCGUUACGAAAUGCACCGAGCGGACAACAUCACCGAUCCGCUGGUCAGACGACAGCAUCCCAUCAGCACGAUAUCCGGUUGGCACGAAGGCGGGCAAAACCUGCCGAACGGCUGCCAUUCGGAGAACGAGGGCUGGCAGAAUUCGGGCGCGUCGCUGCAGGAAAUCGAGCUGAACGAAAACGACAAAUCGGAGCAGGUUUGCAGCUGCGAUUACAACUCGACGUUGUCCGACGGCAGUCCGGUGUCGUACGUGGUGAAGCACGAAGACAGCGAGGCGGUGUCGUUGGAUUCGAGGACCAGCGAUCUGUUUAGCGACGGCAAAAACGGCAAGGGUUCGCCCUAUUCACAGGACUCGCCGUUGAAAUUGGGCGAAGAGAUCGCCGAGGAUUCGCCCGUUUGUAACGGCGUGCACGCCGAGAGCAGCCCGAGCUUCGGCAGUCCGAUGAAGAUGUCGAACGAGAAGAGCGAAGUCGUCGAAGAGAUCCUGCAGGAAAUACUGACGAAUUCCGAAAAACUCAUAGAAGAACAUUGCGAUGCCACCGUUUCUGAUGAUACUCCUGUUCAACAGGAUCAGGAAAUAGUCGAAGCCGUCAAGGAGGUUGUGAAUAAUUUACCGGAAUUGGAGAACGAAAAAAAUAGUACCGAGAUAACUGAGGAGGAAGUAAUCGAGGAACAAAAAGAGAUUGAAACAGAUCAAGCUAACGUAGAUCAAGAGGUAGGAAAUUCCGCUAAACAAAUUUCUAGUCCCGAAAAGGAAGUGCCCGAUAGCGAUUUAUCCGAAAGGUACUUAACACCUACAGACGAAAUAGUAGAGAAAAAAGAAGACGAAGCCGAAUCCACAGAGAAGACUGAAAAGUGUGAUGAAGAGCAGUUUAGAACAGUUAAAAGUGAUAUAAAAGAGAGUAAUGAAAUCGUUAAAACGAACAAUUCCAUUGACGUUAUCGUUAGCGAAACUAAUAGUGUUAAUGAACUUAUAAAAAAUAAUUCUGAAGCUGUGCCAAUUGUUGAAAAUAGUGCUGUGUCCGUAGAAUUAGAGCCGUCCAAAAAUGAAUCUAGUCUAGGAGAAGCCACCAUUCAAGCUAGUGAUAAUGAUUCUAAAUUAGCAGAUGGCGCUGAAAUUGAAGUGCCUCAGGUUGAAAAUAUAUCAACGAUUUCACAAUACUGUGAUCCUAGUCAUUACGAUAAUUCUACUAAUACUGCUGUUAAUAACGAUAACGUUGUCGUUAACGCCGAGGAGGAUUCCAACAAUCAAAGCGACGGUCCGCCAGCGAUCAUUGACGGAAUGAAAAGACGAGUCAGUCUGCCCGCGUGCCACAACGAGAUGCCGAUGGGCGAUUACAAUCACAAUCCCGGCAACGUGUCACCUCAGAAGAGACCGAGAAGCGCGUCCACAUCGACCCAAGUCGAUCCGAAUUUGUUCGAAAGGAAAAAUAGCAAAUCGGGUCUGCCGCGACCCAUGUUCAGUCCGGGCCCGACGAGACCUCCGUUCAGAAUCCCGGAAUUCAAAUGGUCCUACAUACAUCAAAGGCUCCUAUCCGAUGUGCUUUUUUCCUUGGAAACCGACAUACAAGUGUGGCGAAGCCAUUCGACUAAAUCCGUCUUGGAUUUCGUCAACAGCAGCGACAACGCCAUUUUCGUCGUCAACACGGUUCACCUGAUAUCCCAAUUGGCGGAUAAUUUAAUCAUCGCCUGCGGCGGUCUCUUGCCUCUGUUGGCAUCAGCUACUUCUCCUAAUAGCGAACUCGACGUUAUCGAACCAACCCAAGGAAUGCCCAUUGAGGUCGCUGUUAGCUUCCUUCAGAGACUAGUCAACAUGGCAGACGUACUUAUAUUUGCAAGUUCGUUGAAUUUUAGCGAGUUAGAAGCCGAAAAGAACAUGUCGAGCGGGGGAAUUUUGAGGCAAUGCUUGAGAUUGGUUUGCACAUGUGCCGUUCGCAACUGUUUGGAGUGCAAAGAAAGGAGUCGUCCUCACCACGCUCUUGCACCAAAUUCGCACAACGCUAGCCACAAAGCGGCGCACCUGCAAUCGUUCAUAAGAGGUGUUCAGAAUUCGCCGAAGAGCGUGGCUGAUAAUCUGUCGAGCAAUUCGAGUCCUGUUAAAGAUCCCGAAAAGCUCCUUCAAGAUAUGGAUGUGAAUCGAUUACGCGCUGUAAUAUACAGAGAUGUGGAGGAAACAAAGCAAGCUCAAUUCCUUUCACUAGCCAUUGUGUAUUUUAUAUCUGUAUUGAUGGUUUCGAAAUAUCGGGAUAUAUUAGAACCGCCCGUUUCCAUAAGAUUGCCCAGCCCUGUGCCUGUUAUCAGAAACAACGGUACAUCUUCGCAUCGUUCCGACAGUCCUCAAGAAGGGAGUGCGAGACCUCUAUUUCCCCAAUGGUCCCACCACGUCUACCCCCAAUUCCUCCCCGGUUCCCACCCGAAUGCCGUCGCCCACAAUAAUUACGUUAGGCAUCGGCAUUCGUACGUUAAGCACCAUUACAACCUAAACAAUAACCACCAUUCUCACCACCACAACCAUAAAAUCGACCACCGUUAUCACCGCAACUCCGUUGUAAACCGUGCAGCUUCCCGAUCCGUUCAAAUACAGGAAGACAAUGAUUUUGACAUUAUUACAGCAUAUGUCGAGGAAAACAACUCUCUACAUACCGAAAACGAUCUCAAUUCAGGACCGGCGUCAAUUAAGAGUUCUGAUUCGGUCGACGAUAUCCACUCAGUACAUUCCAUUGACACCAAUAACAUUGGUUCAAAUAACGAAGCGCACAUGGACGAUAACGACAAAGUCAACGUAGACGAAAGUUGGACGGACAUUAAUCUGAACGAAGAAGGCGAUUCGAAAGAAGAAACUAGAAAUUUGCAAAACAUGUCCCACUCCCAUUCCGGUCUCGACAGCGAAGGAAACAUAUCGGAGCGCGGCGACAAGCACCAUUCCGAAAUAUCCGUCGUAAGAGUUCCCGAUGGAAUCAUUCAAACGCCGGUCCAGAUCAGACCGGACGAUCUUCCCGUCAACAACCUAGUCGAUCACAUUACGAUGCCGACGCCUUCCAGAGAAGCGUCUUUAACGCAGAAACUAGAAAUGGCCCUCGGCUCGGUGUGCCCUCUGCUGCGGGAGAUCAUGGUGGACUUCGCGCCCUUCCUAUCCAAGACUCUGGUGGGCUCCCACGGACAGGAGCUGCUCAUGGAAGGCAAGGGACUGACGACCUUCAAAAACAGCAAUUCAGUGGUGGAAUUGGUGAUGUUGCUCUGCUCGCAAGAGUGGCAAAAUUCGCUGCAAAAGCACGCCGGGCUCGCUUUCAUCGAGCUGAUCAACGAGGGUCGGCUCCUCUCGCACGCCAUGAAGGACCACAUCGUGCGCGUCGCCAACGAAGCCGAGUUUAUUCUCAACAGAAUGAGAGCCGAUGAUGUAUUGAAGCACGCUGAUUUCGAGUCUCAAUGCGCCCAGACUCUACUCGAUCGCAAGGAAGAGGAGCGCAUGUGCGACCAUCUGAUCACAUCGGCCAGGAGACGCGACAACGUCACGGCCAGCAAGCUGUUGGAGAAAGUCCGGAACAUAAUGUCGAACAAACACGGCGCCUGGGGUUACAUGGACUCGCAGGACUUCAAAUUGAACGAUUUUUGGAAACUGGACGCUUGGGAGGACGACGCGAGGCGCAGGAAACGCUUGGUGCACAAUCCCUUGGGGACGACGCACCCCGAAGCGAGCCUCAAAGCCGCCAUCGAGCACGGCGCGCCCGAAGACGCGAUUCUUCAAGCCAGAGAAGAGUUCCAUACGCACGUGGCGGCUACCAAGGGCCAGCAGAUGCCGAGCGAUUUAAUGGACGAUAACGAGCUCAUGAUAGACGAUAGGGAAUUGGACAAUGAUUUAAGCGGUCCUGUAAAUAUUAGUACUAAGGCUCGACUGGUCGCUCCGGGGUUAGUAGCGCCUGGUAUGGUUUCGAUUACAUCGGCCGAGCUGUACUUCGAAGUCGACGAGGACGAGGAGGAGUUUAAGAAGAUAGACAGCGAGAUGCUCAAAUAUUGCGAUCAUCUGCAUGGAAAAUGGUACUUCUCCGAAAUAAGGGCUAUAUUUUCCAGGCGGUAUUUGCUACAAAACAACGCCAUCGAAAUAUUUUUAGCCAGCAGAACAUCAAUCAUGUUCGCUUUCCCCGAUCAGAGCACUGUGAAGAAAGUCAUUAGGGCACUUCCUAGGGUGGGCGUCGGCAUCAAAUAUGGCAUUCCGCAAACGAGAAGAGCUAGCAUGAUGUCGCCUAGACAAUUAAUGAGAAAUUCCAACAUGACACAGAAAUGGCAACGGAGAGAGAUAUCAAACUUCGAAUAUUUGAUGUUCUUGAAUACCAUCGCCGGUCGAACCUACAACGAUCUCAACCAAUAUCCGGUGUUUCCGUGGGUGUUGACCAAUUACGAUUCGAAAGAUCUGGAUCUGAGCCAGCCGAGCAACUACAGGGAUCUCUCCAAGCCCAUCGGAGCUUUGAAUCCCAGCCGAAGAGCUUACUUUGAGGAGAGAUACGCGACUUGGGAGCACGAAAGCAUUCCGCCUUUCCACUACGGAACGCAUUAUUCCACUUCUGCGUUCGUAUUCAACUGGUUAAUACGAGUGGAACCGUUUACAACGAUGUUCCUCUCCUUGCAAGGAGGAAAAUUCGAUUACCCCAACAGGCUGUUUUCGUCUAUUUCUCUUUCCUGGAAGAACUGCCAACGGGACACGUCCGACGUUAAAGAACUAAUACCGGAAUUCUACUUUUUACCGGAGAUGUUCGUCAAUUCCAACAGAUACAGGCUGGGCAUGUCGGAAGAAGGCAAGCCGAUCGGCGACGUGGAGCUGCCUCCCUGGGCCAAUUCGCCCGAGGAAUUCGUGCGAAUCAACCGGAUGGCGUUGGAGUCGGAAUUCGUGUCCUGCCAACUUCACCAAUGGAUCGAUUUGAUUUUCGGCUACAAGCAAAAAGGUCCCGAAGCCAUCCGGGCGACCAAUUGCUUCUACUACCUAACGUACGAAGGCAGCGUCGAUUUGGACUCCAUUCACGACAAGGUCAUGAGAGAGGCCAUCGAAAAUCAAAUCAGGAACUUCGGACAGACCCCUUCGCAGCUGCUGAUGGAGCCGCAUCCGCCUAGAAGUUCGGCAAUGCAUUUGUCGCCCAUGAUGUUUUCGGCGAUACCCGACGACGUUUGUAUGACGAUGAAGUUCCUUUCGAACAGUCCCGUAGUGCACAUUUCGGCCAAUACUUAUCCGCAACUGCCGAACCCUUCGGUGGUGACGGUUACAAUGCACCAGCAAUUCGCUGUGAACAAGUGGAAUUCGGCGUACGCCGCUGUCGCGCAAUCGCCCAGUUACGCGGAUACUCCUCAAAACCAGGCGGCCAAUCUGCCUCUUUCGAUGGACGCGGUGCUUUCCACCACAAACAACAGCAACGCCCAGAACCAAAUGCAACGGCGCCAUUUGGGCGACAACUUCAGCCAGAACUUGAAGAUCAGAUUCAAUUGCUUCGUCACCACCGUGGACAGUAAGUUUCUGGUGGCGUGCGGAUUUUGGGACAACAGUUUUCGCGUGUUUUCCACCGAGACCGCUAAAAUCGUGCAGAUCAUAUUCGGCCAUUACGGCGUCGUGACGUGCCUGUCUCGAUCGGAAUGCAACAUCACCUCCGACUGUUACAUAGCAUCGGGAUCGGCCGAUUGCACCGUGCUGCUCUGGCAUUGGAACGCCAGGACCCAGACCAUCGUGGGCGAAGGGGACGUGCCCACGCCGAGGGCCACGCUCACCGGGCACGAGCAGCCCGUUUCGAGCGUCGUUAUAUCAGCCGAACUCGGCUUGGUAGUGUCGGGAUCUUACGGAGGACCUGUGCUGGUUCAUACGACGUUUGGAGAUCUCCUGCGUUCGUUGGAUCCGCCGAACGCGUUCAUGUCGCCUGAAAACAUCGCAAUGUCUCGAGAAGGUGUAAUUGUCGUUAAUUACGAGAAGGGCAAUAUAGCGGCUUUUACUAUUAACGGGAAACGCUUGCGGCACGAGUCUCACAACGAUAACCUGCAGUGUCUACUAUUGAGUAGAGAUGGGGAAUAUUUAAUGACUGGCGGGGACAAGGGCAUUGUGGAAGUUUGGAGGACGUUCAAUUUGGCUCUGUUGUAUGCUUUUCCGGCGUGUGAUAGUAGCGUUAGAUCACUCGCGUUAUCUCACGAUCAAAAGUUCUUAUUAGCCGGUUUGGCGUUGGGAUCGAUCGUGGUAUUCCAUAUAGAUUUUAAUAGAUGGCAUCAUGAGUUCCAGCAACGCUAUUAAGAUAGCGGAACAGUUAUGCUGCUGGCGAAAAUUUAUACCAUAGGUAGAAGCGAAUCGGAAAUUAAAGAAAUUCUCUUCAGUUUCCGAUUCUGCUCUACGCCACCAUUUAAUUGCGUUUAAUGUGUUUACUUGAUUUCCACUUACGUAUAUUCCAAAACUAGUUAUUUUGUGCAAUAAAUGCUUUUCUUAGAUAAGCAAAACAUUAUGUAUAUGUUAUCUGUUGAGUUUUACCAAUUAAACGUAGUUAUUUGUAGAUAGAAUUUCUUUUAGCGGGAUAAUUUAAACUAUUGAAUUUUAAUCCAUAAUAGUAUUAUAAUAUUUAACGAUUUAUCGAGAUGCUGUAUUUGAAUUCGUUUUGUGUGG